AUGCCACCAGAAGGAAGCUUCAGGGCUGGGAUACUAGCAGACUUCCGAAGCCUAGAUAAUAGCAGUCGAGAUGUCGGGAUCGGAUUCGAAGCAUGGACUUUCCGCUCAGUCCGUGGUUCAAACCCGACCUCUUCCUCUCGACUUCCCCUGUCUGGGCUUGGGCAACCUGGCAGUACCCCAGCCCUCGUGCAACCUUCGGGUGGCAUGGCAGUUAGGCACCGAAAGGAUGCUAUAGCUGAACGAUUUCUACCUACACUUGGUGCGUCAUCUGCUUCCGUUGUAGUAGAUCGUAGGAUGGAAUGCGAUGGUUCGGAGAUAAUUAUCAGGCCAUCCGGCUAG